AUGCGCGCUGCGCUCGCCGCCCGCUCGGGCGCCUCCCGAGCUUUUGCGUCGUCUUCCGGGAAGACGAUCCUCAUCACCGGCGCCGGGACUGGCCUCGGCGCCGGGUCGGCUCUCGGCCUCGCCGCCGCCGGGCACCGCGUCAUCGCCGCCUGCCACAUCCAUCCGCAGAUUUCGACGCUGAUGGCAGAGGCGCGCGGGCGUGCGGUGCAGCUCGAGACGGCAAAGCUCGACGUCACGCUGGCGAGCGACCGCGAGGCCGUGUUCAACAGGUUUGGCGAGUCUGUGGACAUCGUCGUGUGCAACGCCGCCGUCGGCGAGGGAGGGCCGCUCGCCGAGCUUCCGACUGAGAGGCUGCGCAGCCAGUUCGAGGUCAACGUCUUUUCUCAGCUCGAUUUUGUGCAGCCAUACGCCGCCGCGAUGGUCGCAAAGGGGGCGGGCAAGAUUGUCUUUCUGUCGUCCAUCGCAGGUCUCUUCACGGUGCCGUAUCUUGGCGCGUACUGCAUGUCCAAGCACGCGGUGGAGGCGAUGGCUCUGACGCUGCGGCAGGAGCUCGCCUCGAGUGGUGUCAAGGUGUGCACCAUCAACCCGGCGCCCUUCACCACGGGCUUCAAUGACCGGAACGUGGAGACGCACGCCGAGUGGUUCGACCCGGCCGUCCACUUCACGCCGAAGGCGGCCAUCCAGGACUUCCAGACCGCGAUGGCCAACGGGAUGCAGUACGACCCAAAGCUCAUGUGA